AUGUCUGACCUCGCAACUACCCUCCGCACCACCGCGGGACGAUACAUCUCGGCCUUCGAGACCCUGGACGCAGAUCUCUUCGCAUCUCUCCAGUCGCCAAAGGAGUACAGACACACAUUUGGCCCUGCUUCGGUGAAUCCACCUGGGCCACAAGACGGUGCACACUUCGCUCAGCAUAUCAGAGACUUGCAAGGGAUCAUGAGGGGGUUCCCCGUCUAUGCGCAGUCGACAUGGGUCAACGAGCCUCAGCGGCAGGUCAUCGUCCAUGCCACUAGCGAGACUUGGUUCCGGGACGAAUAUAAGGAUUCUGGUGAUGCCGAAUGGUUGUAUCACGGCGAGUACAUCUUUUUUUUGGACAUGGAUGAGACGGGGCAGAAGAUCACCAAGGUUUUUGAGUUCUUGGACAGCAAGGGCACGGAAGUGUUGAGAGGGUUGAUGAAGCGGGCGAGGGCGAACGAGGCGAAGGCCAAGGGCAGGGAGGUGAGCAAAACGAGUUUCGAGUAG